GCGAAGCGAUGCUGCGAUGGCAGAUUACCAAGGGCUUCCUGUCAGUUCAUCCUGCAUUUGAGACUUAAUCUGGUGUUUUGAGCUGGAGUGGUGCUUUAGGUGACUUUAGAGGACAGAGAAAGACUUUAUUUUGGGCUGUGUUACGGAACUGGCAUCCGAGGGAACCUGCUCUGGGACACAGCAGUGCUGACAACUGACUUGCUAACAGGUAUGAAAUAAAAUCAGGAUUGGCCACCUGACCUCAGAACUGGGAGCAGAUGGGAACUGGUGAUCUCUCCCCUUCCUCCACUGGGAAUGCCAUGGAAAAACUGGCUCUGGAGCAUGACUUGAACAUACUGACAAGAAAAGGUAAUUCUCUAAUGGACCAAUGAAAGCCAACGAUGACAAGUUGUGGUCAACAGUCCCUGAAUGUGCUGAUGGUUCUGCUCUCCUUACUCUUGUCAGCAGUGUUGUCUGCACAUUUUCGGGUCUGCGAGCCGUACACCGACUACAAAGGUCGCUACCACUUUGGGUUUCACUGCCCCCGCCUCUCUGACAAUAAAUCCUACAUCUUUUGCUGUCACCAUAACAACACAGUGUUUAAAUACUGCUGCAAUGAGACAGAAUUCCAAACUGUCAUGCAGAUGAACUUAACGGGGAGUGCAGAUGGAUACAUGCAUAACAACUACAGCGCCCUGUUGGGAGUGUGGAUCUACGGCUUUUUUGUGGUGAUCCUGCUCAUCCUGGACCUUUUAUAUUACUCCUCAAUGAACUAUGACAUUUGCAAGUUUUACCUGGCACGGUGGGGGAUCCAGGGGAAGUGGAUGAGCCAGGGACAGAGCCGAUGGAUUAACCCUGCUCAGGACCCACGGCAGGCUCAGGCACAGCCUCAGCCAGAGACUCAGCCCCAGCCUCAGACAUCACAGACAGUACACACUCUAAAAGGAGAUGCUUUAAGCCCACCCCUGAUGUCUUUUCAGAGUUCAUCUGCCUGAAAAUCAUAUUGACGUGCCUCAAGAUGGGAGAGGUAGGACCAGACUUCAAGGAGCAACUUUCAAGAAAAUCAGCUGAAUUACAAGAGGAGGAAAGAUUAGGGAUAAGCAGGAGAGGGAAAGACUACAUGAGGAAGAUGGAGCAAGUCACCUGAAGACAAACAUCAUUCAGACAAUUUCUGGGAGGAAAUGAUACAGAAAGAGUCUCCAGGAGAAAGUAGUCUGUAAGCAAUAUUUUAGUUCUAGACCAACAAUAUUGUCUCUGAAAGAAAGCACCAUAUUUGAGAAAACGCUGAAUAGGAAGAACAUUAAGUUGCUCUGGCAAAUCCACACAAAGGUGGAAAAAGAUCACAAGACAAACCUGUGGUAGAUAACUUUUCUUUGCCUCCCCAUCCAUCUAUUGCCAUUUGAGCCUAAUCUAAGUGUCAGAAUACCGAAUGUGAGUUUUUCCAAAGUUCUCUGGUGAGUUUUUUGUCACAGUAGGGUAGGUGCUGGCAAUCCACAUCACUGUUAACCAUAUUUACCAUAUGCAUUGCAAGGUAAGCAAAGCCCUUUUUACAGAGUCCAACUGCAGGGUAGCAGUUGUUUCAACCUGAAUGCACAUUUGAAGAUGAGUGGCAAUGAUUCUGCUAAGACUUCAAGCAGUUGAGCACGUCUUAAGUUUAGGUUCACACACCUUCUUCAAGAGGGGAGCUUUAUUAGGAAGCAACACAGGCACCCAAUUCCACCCCCACGCUCCUUGAAGAUGAAAAAGAAACAAAAAACAAAAGUUGACCAACUACGUAUUUCAAAAGCAAUAAUACCAUUUUCCCUCAGCUUUACAAGGCAAUAGUCCAACUCCCUCACUCACUGACUGGUUUCAGAGUUUACACCUCACAAAUCCAAGAGUUCAUUCGUAAGCCAGAAUGAUGUGGUAACAAUGAUGUUACCACAGAAGUACUUGGUCACCAGGUUGCAAUGGGUUGACAACGGGACAGAGUAAUUUUAAAAUCCUCCAGUAUCAACUACAUGAGCAAACCCUUUGAAGUUCAGUUAUUUAAGAGGUAUACAUGGAGAACCUGGCAGUGGCACCCAAACAGAGGAGUUUCAUCUGGAAAUCAUAACACAAAGCCCUGGUAAUGCCAAAUUAAUCCUUCAGUCCUAAUAUUUUGCCCUGUAAAUCUGAAUAACUUUAAAAUGACCAUACAUUCUGCUGUACGACCAACACAAGGAAUACCUGGUCUAUGCACAGUCAAGUUUUCCUUUUGGACCUCUUUGGCUGAGUGAAUUUUAUUCUCCUGUUGAUCUUAAAAAGGGACACUAUUCUGAGUUACCUGAACUAAUUCACGACUACUGGAGUGCAGGGUGAUGCAUGACUAAAACCAGACAGGAAUAAAUAGUGUUGGAGGACACAACAAGGCUGGAGACCACCAGAGUGCCCAGCCUUCAAAAUCUGAGCAGGAUACCAAUAUGCACAAGCCCCUUUUCUUUACAAACCAAGUACUAAACGUGCCUGGUAUCACUGAGUAAGGACAGGCAACAGCUCAGAGAAAGAAUUCAAAUGCCACAGGCGGGAGUGCCACCCUGGGGGGCUUUAGACUCCAUCCUGUCCUAGCUAAGCUUGAUGCCUGGCCCAUUCUCACUCAUCACAGAAGCUCCUGAGUAAAUAACUUAGCUUGUAGAGCCCCGGAGGAGCUGCCACAGUGCAGCUGGGCUGUUUGACACUGUGAGUGACACAGCACUUCAAAUAAAACAGGGCCAGUAUUUUUUUAGACCUUGACUCACACUAAACCUCAGAGAUUCUUCUAGUUUUUCAAAAAGAAUAUGUCAUCAGAGCACUGCAAACUUUUCCAAAAAGAAUAUGUCAUGAGGGCACUGUGGAACCAUCCAAAGCACUUCAGCUGGGAGCAGAAAGGAUCAUCAGCAAAGACACACUUGCAGAUCCUGGCAGACAGUCUAAACUGCUCUCUUCUUGAGGAUGAGGGGUUCUGUAGGGAAAGGGUCUGUGCUCCUGGGUUGGGAGAGCUGAUCCUGAUGAGAUGGAAGGUGGUGCUCUUAGUGCCAACUCACACAGAAAGCAAAGGAAACCACGGAGCUGGGGGCAGUGCUAUCCAUGGCUCUGCCAACAUCACACCUUCUCCACACUCCCUCAUUGUCUCCAAGAUCCAUAACCCCUGCAGGCACCCAAAAAA